CAAAAAGAUCCCAAACAAGUAUUUCAACCUAUUUUGCUAAUGCAAGUUUGCUCCUUUCCCAAAAAGUUUCUGAGGCUUCAAUUUCUACUUUACCAGUUGAUUCUAUUCCUCAAACUAUUAUUGCAAAUACUAAAAAUCAACUCGAAAUUAAAUUACUAAAUUUAAAGAAUUAUAAUUAUAUUAUGCUGCUUGAUAAGAUUACGAAUUCUGAAUUAAUUGAACAACAGGUCAUAAAAGCAUACAAGUACUGGGGUGUCCCACAUAAGGUUGCUGGUGAAAUUGAGUAG